AUGGCCAUUAAGAUAACCUUCUUUGCAUUACUAUGCAUAGGUAUGUUCGUAGUUCAAGCAAGAAAUGAACUGCGUGAUGUCCUGAUGCCUUUGAAAACGGUAUCAGGAAUCGAAUAUCCAGACAGCAUUGGUAGUGACCUUGUCAAACGUAACUGGGCAUCAGCCGGUUUGGCAGGUGGGUCAACUUUGUUCGCAGGAAUAGCAGCCGGAUCUUAUCAAUUAGCAAAAUCUGCUUGUUCACCAGCAAUACUAGCUAGACUUGCUGUGUCUACAAUGUCUGUUGGAGUUGAAUAUUGUUUUUUCUGGGCUGGGCUAACGUUAUUAUCAACAUCCGUACUGUCAUUGUUGGCCAUUCUUUUCUUCGACAGCUUGAUUAAUCAUUAG